AAUUACUAAUGUAUUAGUCUCAUAUUCGCCAGUGUCCAUAUCGUAAAUCGUAUCAAUCAUUCCGAUGUAGUGCUCGUUUUCGUACAACAAACAGCAGAAUUCAUAUAAUCAAGUAUCUGCUAACAUAAGAAGAGGAUACAAUGAACAGGGCGAGUUGGAUGAUUUCGUUUCAAUCUCUGAGGUCUCGAACACAUGCCGAACUCCAUCUCCGCUACGCCUAGUGAAAAAGGGCAAUGCGAAGCUGGGAUCGGACAGUGAGGGCCGAAGCGGAUGGGUAAAUAGCUAUCGCUUCGUAGGUCGUAGAGUUGAUCGCAACAUUGGCCGGUUAUAGGUAUGUGAUCAUGGCCAGAUGGUGUUCUAUAGAAGGGAUGGCUGAAGAUGGCUGAGGAAUCUUUAAGGUCCCGGUACAAGUACCUAAUUCUAUAUGUAUUUCGGGGCGUUGAGGCUGACACGCGGGCAACUGUGGAUCUUACCUAAAGUACCUACCCUGGAUCCAUUGUUGUGGCUAGGGCCAAUCACCUACCAGGCGCAAUAAGAUGGUGGAUCUCGCGUUAUGCAAGAAUUAGAACUACCUUAUCGAACCGAAAUAUCCACUAAAAUUCCGCUUAUCGCCCCUCUACUUUCUUUUUCUACCCAUUGUCUUUGUCGCGUGCUAUUUCUUUCCUCCCCAUCAUCGUAAAACUUCUGUCGGCAACAAUUGUGAAUUGUGUCGCCAUGAAGGUCACCAACCAAGGAGAUGUGUCGGUAUACACAAUAGCUGGUGCUAACACCGCGCGGCCUUUACCAGAUUGGCUUGCACGUCGCCGGAAACGCAGCUUGAAAUCGGACCCCGAGUAUCAAAACCGAAUUGAGCUACUUCAAGACUUUGAGUUUGAGGAAGCCAGCCAGUGUGUUAGAGUUUCGGAGGACAAUGAUUGGAUUAUGUCCACUGGAACGUACAAACCACAAUUCCAUGUUCACUACCUACCUCAUCUCUCCCUAUCAUAUGCGAGACAUACAAAGUCUCUUAAUACGACGUUCCUUCUACUCUCGAGCGAUUACACGAAAUCCCUACAUUUACAGAGCGACCGAAAACUUGAGUUCCAUACUCCUGCCGGCUGUCACUACGAGUUACGCCUACCUAGAUACGGAAGAGACCUCGUUUACGAUCGGCAUGCUACCGAAGCCUUGGUUCCCUCAGUCGGAUUAGAUCCCGAUGGUAAUGGUGAAGUCUUUCGAAUGAACCUUGAAGUUGGGAGAUUCAUGAAGUCAUAUCAGAUUGAUGUUGGAUCCGACGACGGCGUAGAAGGUGGCUUGCAGGGAAGCAUCGGCGUCGGCAGUGUCAAUACAGCAGCAGUUGCCGAGAACAGUCAUAACCUAUUAGCAUUUGGUACAUCUGUUGGCUCCGUUGAAUUCUGGGACUCGCGAUCCAAGUCGAGAGUUGCUAUCCUUGGCGGCCAGGAGGGUGAGAUAACAGCCCUCGACUUUAACCCGACGGGUCUUUCGUUAGCGACGGGCACAUCAAGUGGGCUUAUUAAACUUUUUGAUCUUCGUAGUCCAAAGCCGCUGUUACAAAAGGACCACGGUCCAGGAUUUCCGAUCAAAAGCCUUAUCCACAUGACUACGUCUUCUCAAGAGAAGAAAGUCCUAUCCGCCGAUAAACAGAUGAUCAAAAUCUGGGACGAGCUUGACGGCGAGACUUGGACUUCUGUUGAACCAUUAGUCGAUAUCAAUUUCGUCACAUGGUGCAAGAAUACAGGAAUGAUCCUUACGGCCAACGAGGGUAAACCUCUUCAUAGUUUCUUCAUCCCACAGUUGGGGUCUGCCCCGCGGUGGUGUUCGUUCCUCGAUAACAUGGUCGAAGAGAUGGCUGAGGAGGUCAGCACUGAUCAAUACGACAACUUCAAGUUCCUGACCUUGCCGGAAUUGAAAUCCCUAAGCCUCGCUCAUUUGAUUGGCAAAACGAACUUGCUACGCCCUUAUAUGCACGGUUACUUCGUCGCUUCGAAACUGUACGACCAAGCUCGGUUAAUCGCCAACCCUUACGCUAUGGAAGAGGAACGUGCAAAACGUAUUAAAGACAAGGUUGAAAAAGAGCGCGCUAGCCGAAUCCGUGGAAAUAAGAAAGUUAAGGUCAAUCAAAAACUGGUUGAUAAGUUGCUCAAACGACAGGAAAGGAGAGCACAUAUCGAUACGAAUGCCGGUGUUCUGGGAGAUGAACGAUUCACUCGUCUAUUUGAAGACGAAGAAUUCAAGAUUGAUGAAAACAGUCGCGAGUUCCAGGUCCUAAAUCCUAGCACAAAGGUCGAUCCGGAGACAGGUGUAAAAAGUACGGUCCCCGGUCCGAAGUUCUCGGACGAAAGCGAAGACCCCAGCAGCACUAGCGAGAGCGAUGAUGAAAUGUCUCUUAAAAGUACUACGCAGAAGGGAAUGGUUAUGCGAGUCAGUUCGUCUAAUCGGGAGAGUAGCCAUUUGUCAAAGGACGCCUCUCUAGGCUCGAGAGUUCAGAAGUCAGGCAGGAUCAACAAAACCAGAAAUGGCGACGUGGUUGGAGAGAGACAAGUCACAUUCGUACCGAAUUCCAGGAGGAAGAAGAACGAUGAAGCCCCGAAAGCUCAACCAAAAGAUAGACGAACUGACCCACGACGAAGUGCUAGUACUAAUGUCUUCAGGCGGCUUUGAUACCCAGCGAUAUACUAGCGAUAUUGAUACGAAUUUAAUAGGUAGUUGGCUCGCUUUCCUGGACUCCAUUCUCCAAUUACAAGUGAAACCAUUUAAAAUACCAUAACCGACUCGACGCCUAUGUCUUCUUCCAAGUAACCAUGACUUAUCCGAAAUAGUCCACACCGCGCGACUAUUUAUUUCCUCGUCCACUUCUUGCU